UUUUCCAAGCAUUGUUCGAUUCUUUUCUUGUCGCACACAUUCCAAUGUGUCAGUUUCACUGGUGCCCUUGGGAAUCACGUGACCGAUCUUCGGCGCCACCCGGUGGCGAGCACCGGGACCAUCGCGACGCAGCAGACGACACGUCUCUCAGAGUGACAGCUUGAGAAACACCGACCACCUCUUAGCAGAAGCAAGGUUAUCACUGAACAACCGGCAAACUGACGUCAUCAGGAAGAACCCCGACCAGCUUCCCGCGCAAAAUCAUGGCGGAGGUGAGCUUCACCAAGCGGGCAGCGGCCGAACUGAGCCGCUGUUUCAACGGUCUCGCUGUCCGCGCCAAGGCCGGAGCGUCCAUCCACGCGACGCCCAGUCCUCCGGUACCUCAAGAACCACGUCGUCGCGGACGUCCUGCCGCCGUCCGCGAGUUCUGGGCGGCCCUCACUAGGCCCCGGACCGCGGCCGACCUUUUCAGAGAUCCCGACUAUCUGGCACGUCUGUUCGGCUACUUCAAGGGCCGCGAGAAGCUAGGCCUAGCAUCUGUCUGUCGGUCCUGGAGGGACGCCAUCUACGACCCACGUCACUGGAGGGACAUGCUGCCCGUGCUUCGAUGCCGGGAGCUGAGGAAGGACCCCGUCGAGUCGAGGCGAAGACUCUACGAGUCGCUGGAAAGGAGAGGUAUGGACGCCGUCUGCCUCCUAGGAGCCAACGACGAAGACGUCUUGGACGUCGUGGCACAGUGUCCGACCGCGUUCCUGAGAGCCCGCGUCCGUCUCAUAGGACUGCGGUGCAGCAGUGUUUCGGACAAGGCCCUCGAAGCACUCAUGGCAGCGGCCCCAAGAGUCACCAAUCUGGAGCUCUUUGGCUGCAACGAGGUCACCGACGCUGGACUCUGGGCCUCGCUAACGCCGGCAGUGACGUGUCUUACCUUAGCGGACUGCAUCAACGUUGCCGACGACACGCUCGCAGCCGUCGCCCAGCUGCUCCCCGCGCUCAGGGAGCUGAAUCUUCAGGCGUACCACGUCACCGACGCUUCGUUGGCCUACCUGGGGCCACGUCAGGGAGGGACGCUAUUGGUCCUCCGGUUGAGGUCCUGCUGGGAGCUGACCAAUCAGGGCCUGCUGAACGUGGUGCAAGCUCUGCCCCAUCUCGUGGAACUCUCGCUGUCCGGAUGUACCAAGAUAAGCGACGACGGAGUGGAACUGCUGGCCGAAAACCUUCGGCAGCUUCGAGUCCUGGACCUGUCCUGGUGCCCCAGGGUGACAGACGCCAGCCUGGAGUUCAUCGCCUGUGAUAUGACGCAACUGGAGCAGCUCACGCUAGAUCGAUGUAUGCACAUAACGGACAUUGGCCUGGGCUACCUGUCGACCAUCCCCAACCUGGCGGUCCUUUACCUGCGCUGGUGUUCCCAGAUCAGGGACUUCGGCCUCCAGCACCUGUGCAGCAUGAAGAACCUCAGAAUUCUGUCUCUCGCAGGCUGUCCCCAACUAACCUCCCGGGGACUCUCGGCACUGGCACAAGUGAGGCAACUCCAGGAGCUCGAGCUCACCAAUUGCCCAGGAGCGACACCGGAACUCCUCGAUUACCUCAAGGAGCAACUCUGCCACUGUCUCAUUGUGGAGUGAAGGAAAGGGGGGUGACCCCUCCCCUCCCACUACGUCACGUGAGCACAUGGUGAAGAGCACCCCCCCACCCCCGGUCGUGUUUAUCGGACGACAAUGUUCGCCAACAAAAGCGAUCUCCUACGUCAGUCUUUUCGUCCCCUCCCUCUCUGUGACCAAAACAAACUCCCCGUGACAUUGUGACGACGUGCCUAAAUUAGCAGAUGUGACAUGCAACGUUAUGAGGGAUGCUCUAACUGUGUAUGGCAAAAAAAAAUAUUGUUGAUAAAAUCGAAGCUGAAAUGGCAAGUAUAAAAAUGGUGUCCUCUAAGGUAGUGAUAACUGUGCAUUGCUUUCUGACAUUUCUUGCUUCCCCAAGCAACAUUGGUGAAUUGUCUGCAUGACAAGUCCCUGAAUUCAAUGUGAGGGAUUGAUUUAACACUGCAAUGGUAAACACUUUUACAGCUGUAAAAGUCACAUAGAGUUAGCAGGUGGAACCAAGAUGGCAAAACAGAUCAGACGAUUGAUUAACUAUUGGAUUGGGAGGACUAGAGGAUUUCCUAAAAAUUCAUGAAGGUCAGGUGUGUCAAGGCACUUCACCUUCGUCGGUGAAGCGAUGCAGCAUUACCAUUUUAAUAUUAAGCAGUUUUAUCAACAGUAGAAACAAAAAAGGCUUAGCUGCUCUAGAAAGCACAAUGGCAGACCAAUCAUAACCCUGAACACCUUACCUGUAGAUAAAGUGAUGCAACAUUACUGUGCUUUGAUGAUAAACAGUUCUGGCAACAGUACAAACCAAAAAAACUCAUCUAGAUAGCAAACUUUCAGACUGUGAUAUGGCCCAGAGGUUAAAUAAAAAAAAUUAAUAUAAAACCUGUAAAUUUGUUAAGAACUGCCACACACUGCACAGUAAUUUACCUAAAAUAUUUUAAGAUUUGUUAUUUAAUUUGAAAUAUGCUAGCAGAUGAUCUCUGUUCAAACAAAUGUAGGACCUGUACAAGCAUGCUGCCUAUGCGUCUGGGUGAGCAAGAAUUUUCAGUGGCAUGAAUUUUAUUGGUUCAGUUCUGACACACUAGGUUGCAAAAAAUUAUUAGCUUGCAAAACAAUGAUAUGUGGUAAAACCAUCGAAAUGGCAAAGAUUAACCUCGUAAGGUAAAACUAUUAGGUCUCCAACAAAAAUUAAAUCACCGUCACAGUAGCGCGUGUCAUGAUGAUGUAUGUCAUGCAACUACGAUCCCGGCCACUGAUGCUUUGACAUGCCCAUAUAGGGAACUUUCCUGGUUGAGGGGCAAAGUUGCCAGUGAGACGUGCUUGUCUUCAUUUUAAAAAAGUGCUCUACAAAGCUCUCGACGGCUUUACAGGGUGCAGGAAUUAAUUUUAUUAAUUCUUCCUUCGUCAUUCCCCAGCUUGUGGAUGCACGUUAAAAUGAAACUGCUCCAAUGUUCUGUGGCAAUUUGUUUACUUAAAGGUCUCAACACGACCCACAUGCCUCUCCUUUCGUAACGUGUAUCUUUGUGUCUUCAGAAGUGUUAAACAGCGUAGCGUUGUAAUUUUCUUAGAGUUCUGUCCCAGUGUAUAAAACUCACCAGCGAUGGCUCAAAGUACAGACAACAAAACAUGCUGAUCCCAGAACAGGCGUUCAUACGAGGCCGCCAGACCGAGCGUUGAAUAAAGUAACCCAUGGUCUGUUAAACCCAUGAACCUUGAUGGCGAGACACAGGCGUGGUGGGAGUACGCUUCCAGCACACGCCAACAGCAGUGCAUGCAACAACGGUGGCCAGUGCAUACGCCGUCUAUCUAGCUUCUUUGUUUAAGGCAAAAGCCUUACUUGUCUUAUUACCCGAAAAAACGGUGGCACUGUCCCCGAAAGAUGGUCUUAAAAAUAUGUCAUCAAGCACGCGCCUCAAAAAUAAAAUAUAAAGAAAA